AUGAUCAUCUCAACCGACAUGUUAUCAGACUACUACCCCUCGAGUCGCGUGGGCUCUAACGAGCCAAGCUGCAUACGCAGUCGCAAGGCUUGGAUGAUUGACCAUACCACGUAUGUGUCGACCCGCGAGGGCGGAACCUGUUCUUUCCGCAGCCCCAACCCCAAAGAAUUGCACGAAAUGCAGUGGCAGAUUGGCAUUGGGCGAGCCGGGAGGUUUGUCAAGGAGGAGGAGGUUGUUCCAGCUACUCCGUCAACCCAGGAAGCGAACAUGAGCACCUGGAACGACAACGCCGAAGCCGAUAAAAGCCAGGUCAACGGCCCACGUGAGAGAAGGUCUCUAUCACUUCUCCGUAUUGUUAAGAGCAGAAGAGAUACCCUGCCAGCCGAGGGCUCUCCAGAGCUCCAACCCGACAACAAGCGUCGUGGCUGGUUUGCCAACAUAUUUGGUUUCGAGACUGUUCUGUCUUUGCGCGAACCCCCCGAUCUGAAGCCCGUGCCGCUGCCUGAAGGCUGCACGACACCUCAUUCGAUUUUUGCCAGGAAGUUCUCCUUGAUAGCCGACAACCAACCUUUGCCGCCUUCGCUUUCGCACGAAAUGAUGCCUACGGCGGACAUCAAGGCCAGGAACCUCCUGGCGGAUGCGGCAGUGCAGGGGUUGAUGGGUCCUGCCUAG